CUACUACAACUGGUAGUGGUGGUGGUGACGGAACAACCCAUGGUGAUGGUGGAACAGCUACUACAACUGGUAGUGGUGGUGGCGAUGGAACAACCUGUGGUGGUGGAACAGCUACUACAACUGGUAGUGGUGGUGGUGACGGAACAACCCGUGGUGGUGGUGGAACAGCUACUACAACUGGUAGUGGUGGUGGUGAUGGAACAACCUGUGGUGGUGGAACAGCUACAACUGAUGGUGGUGGUGGUGGUGGAACAGCUACAACUGAUGGUGGUGGUGGUGGUGGAACAGCUACAACUGGUAGUGGUGGUGGUGGUGGAACAGCUACAACUGGUAGUGGUGGUGGUGGUGGGACUG